AUGUCGACUGCACCCCGCCCAACCCCGCGGCCCGCCUACGCGCCCCUCCAGUCCUCCGCAAACAGCUCCCAGAACUCGUCGGCCUUCCAAAGCUACAGCAGCAGCGCCCACCUUGCCACCCCGUCACCCGCAUCAGCAGCGCCUGUCAACUCGCCCACGAGCCCUCAGCCUCCACAGAACUUCUUCGGCUCGCUGAACGGCCAGCCCCAAUCGCAGCGGGGACAGCCAGAGAUGCCGCCCAUGCAACGCUAUCGUAGCUUCGAGUACCAGCCGAACAGGAAUGGUGCUGGCCAAACGGCAGCAGAGACACAGAACUUUCUCAACCAAGCUGCGCUUUUAGCUGAGGCUGCGAAGCGGGCACAGAUGGCUUGUGUUAUGCGCGACCUCGACAGUAUGGAGCUGUAA